AUAGCUAUAGAAAGGCAAACUCAUCCCCUCCUGUUCAUCUGCCACUCAGCUUCUUAUUAAUUCGGCCUCUCCCCUCUUCUCCCAAGUCCUAAUACUGCUCUGCAAAUUAAAUUCCUCUAAACGAAACGAUCAGCUAGCUGGUUUAGAUUCGAUGUGUUAGAAUUACAUGUACAAGGGACGUGUAGGAAAACCUCCAGCUCUAUGCCAUCGCUGAUGCUUAUAAUUCUUUCCAUGAUCAUAUCCUAUCAGCAUCAAUCCUUGCUCAUCCAACUCAAUCUCCAUGGACCAAGAAGACCCCUCUCCGACCAUACUGUUUCAUGAAGAAGAGGGGGAGGAGGAGGAGGAGGAGGAGCAAAAAAAGGACGACGAUACCACAGUGGUUAGUCGAGAUUGGCUGAAAUUAGGCCAAGCAGCGUCGCCGUCCUCGGACGGAUCGAUAGGUCUGAGGGUGGUUAGUCCGCCACGAAGACCACAGUCAGGUGUUUGGCUCAGACUUCAGCCUGCUCCAAAUCAAACAGGGAUCAGAGAAGUUUGUUUGCCCCAGAUAGCCAAUAAAUAUUUGAGAAUAAAGGAUGGGAGACUAACAGUCAGAUUGCUUAUGAAAUACUUGGUGAAGAAACUCGGAUUGGAGCAUGAAUCAGAGGUGGAGAUUACAUGUAGAGAUCGAAAACUUCUCCCCUUCUUCACCUUGCAGUAUGUUCGAGAUACCAUUUGGAGUUCAAGCAACGCAAUGGUCAUGAUUCCCGACUCGCCGCGGUCGAGUGUUGAUCAUGUGAUGACACUGCAGUACAGGAGGAGUUCACAGCCGUAUCUAGGUCAAGCUCAUGUAAUCAGGCAUUUCUUCCUCCGCUAACUCGUUCAGGAAAUAUGACAGAGCAAAAAAGUUGAAGUCCCAAGCUAACUUUCACUGCACUUAUUUUAAUUUUUUUUCCUCUUCCUUUUUGCUCAUCUAAUUUGCUAACUACAGAUUCUGGUUUCUUCAUUAAUUUGCUUGUGAAUUCCUGUAUGACUUCUGAGAUAUUAAUGAACAAAGUUUAUAGCUACUGAUAUUGAGAAUGAUCAUAGAACUAUACAAAUUUACUCUAGAGUUUUUGUGAUUA